GGCGCUGUCGGGUCGCGCGCGGGUGUCGGUGAGGCGGAGCGCGAGUCAAACUCACACAAGCAGCCGUUCAUUUUGUCAUUAAACCGAGAAACUCACUGACAGUCGCCGUCUCCUGCCGAGCUGUGUGUGUUUUCGCUUCUGCCAUGCGGUAAAAGCGGGGAGAAACACAGAAACAGUGAAGGAUCUGUGAGCGCAAUGCAAAGUCCAGACAUGAACGGAUACAGCGGAGUCACAGCGCAGUCCUCGCAGAUGAACGGUCACAGAUCACUGUCUCCAGAUGUUUCUGCCAAAAAGUCGGGUGGAAAAGCUCUGUACGAGCAAAGGAAGAACUACACCAAAAACAGCAUCAACAGCCUGACGGAGACGUCACAGUACCACGUGGAGCAUCUGACCACGUUUGUGAUGGACCGCAAGGAGGCGAUGCUGACCAUCGAGGACGGCAUCAGGAAGCUGCGUCUGCUGGACGCUAAAGGGAAGGUGUGGACGCAGGACAUGAUCCUGCAGGUGGACGGGAAAGCCGUCAGCCUCAUCGACCACGACAGCAAGAACGAGCUGGAGAACUUUCCUCUGGGCUCGAUCCAGCACUGUCAGGCCGUGAUGAGCGCCUGCAGCUACGACUCCAUCCUGGCGCUGGUGUGUAAGGAGUCCAGCCAGGGCAAACCGGACCUGCACCUGUUCCAGUGCGACGACAUCAAGGCCAAUUUGAUCCACGUGGACAUCGAGAGCGCCGUCAGCGACCACAAGGGCGGGAAGGUCAAGAAGCGUCCGGAGGUGCUGAAAAUGAUCCUGAAGAGCGACGGGACCAUCCCUCCGCCCCCAGGAGGCCCCGCCCCCAAGCCUCCAGAAGCUGUCAAUCAAGCGGACGCCAAGAGCCGGGUGGCCAGUUGGUCUGCGUGGACCAAUGAGCAGCAGGAACAUGAUCCACAGAGACAUUACACAGAGCUGGAUGGCUCUCCUGAGAUGAGCGCAGCGCAAGUGGACAGAGAUGUGCAAAUCCUCAAUCACAUUCUGGACGACAUCGAACACUUCGUCACCAAACUGCAGAAAGCCGCCGAGGCCUUUAAUGAGCUCUCCAAACGCAAGAAAACCAAGAAGAGCAAAAAGAGAGGACCCGGAGAGGGAGUUUUGACGCUGAGAGCUAAACCUCCGUCUCAGGACGAGUUUAUCGACUGUUUCCAGAAGUUUAAACACGCCUUCAACCUGCUGGGGAAGUUGAAGAACCACAUUCAGAACCCCAGCGCUGUGGAUCUGGUCCACUUCCUGUUCAAUCCUCUCAGACUGGUGAUCCAGACGUCUGGAGGAGUGGAUCUGGCUAAAAGCGUGAUCGUUCCUCUCCUCACCAGAGAAGCCAUCGACUUCCUGCACGCGGCGGGUUCGGCAGAGGAGAGACACCUGUGGGUCACGCUGGGAGACGGAUGGACCAAAUGCAGGUUGGAGUGGCCGAAGGAUCACCCGUUUCCGCCGCACACGCUGUGUUUCCGAGACGGCUGGGAGCCGCCGGUGCUGGUGUCUCGUGAGCAGGACGUGGCUCAGCUGGCAGAGAGGCUCGGCGCGGCGCAGAACGAGGUUCAGAGACCUGUGGACCAGCUGCUGGUCCAGGACUUCCCCGGCGCAGACGGGAACCUGGAGGCUCACGGCCGGACGCAGAGAAACUUUGCCAAAUCUAGAUACGACUUUGUGGCCAGAAACAACACUGAACUGUCUGUGAUGAAAGACGAGGUGGUGGAGGUGCUGGAUGACAGGAAGCAGUGGUGGAAGGUGCGUAACGUGACGGGCGCUUCGGGAUACGUGCCAAACAACAUCCUGGAGAUCAGCAGGGCAGUGGACGUGACGGGCCGCGGGGAGCCCAUCUACAGCCACACCAUACAGAAACAGCGCUCAGAUUAUGUGCCCAAACCGGUGGUGACAGAAGCCCCGCCCACCCCGACACCCCUGCCUCCCCCCGCCCCGCUGCAGAUCCCCACCCCCCCACUGCCUCCCGCAUCCACGCCGCUGCCAGCUGCCCAACAUCAGGACACGCCACCCGCCGACCGCCAGCAACACAACAACAACAGCGAGAGCGACGGUGUGACCAUGAGAGAGCAUCAGAGAGAGAGAACCACACCCGCCAACCGCCGAAAGUCCAACAUGGAGGAGGUUCAGGACGAGCUGAUGCACAGACUGACUCUGGGCCGCAGCGCUCAGAAGAAGUUCCAGGCUCCGUCUCACUCCAGCAGCCUGCCGGCGGUCAACAUCACGUACGACUCCACGCCGGACGAGGUCAAGGCCUGGCUGCAGCUCAAAGGCUUCAGCGAAGUGACCAUCAACAGUCUGGGUGUGCUGACCGGCGCUCAGCUCUUCUCUCUGAACAAAGACGAGCUGAAGACCGUGUGUCCAGAUGACGGCGCUCGAGUCUACAGCCAGAUCACCGUCCAGAAAGCCGCUCUCGAGAGGAGCUCCGGCUCGGAGCUGCAGGAGAUCAUGAGGAGGCGGCAGGAGAAGCUGGCGGCGGCGGCGAGUGAUUCCGGCGUGGAGUCCUUCGACGAGGGGAGCAGCCACUGACCCAUCUCUCACCUCUGUGACCUCUGACCUUUUACAGGACGCCGUGGAGCGCGCUCAGUUUGCAGCCAUAAUGCGCCGUCGUCAGGAACUCUUGGACCCGUCCGAUAACGGAACCGGAUCGGACGCAGACGAACGCGUGUGACGAGACGCGAGAGGGAGUUGGCUUCUUGCAGACAUGCGAACGUUGCUGCGGCGUUCUCCGCAGGUUCCUGUGAGAACCUCAGAGCUGUAUGUAGUCUAGUGCCAUCGAGUUCUGCCUUCAUAGUCCAACAUCCUGGAAACUUCACAUAUAUCUGCAAUCAAAGACACAAAACUUGUUAUAUUCCCACACGACUGGCUGGAUCUCGGAGCUGAUAUUGAUUUGAUUAACUGUUGUUUCUCACACACACUUCUGAAUAAUGACGUCUUGAAUUAUUUAUCAGCUGCUUUGAAUGUACCUGGAGAAUUAUGGGGUUUUUUUUACUAGCAAAUUAAUGAACCAAUUGUACAUGAUUGUUUCGUACUGAAUUGUACCGCCAAACUAGAAGGUUUAGAAACCGAAUAGAAAUGAAAUGUCAGUUUCUGUAGAUCUGACGUGAAUUAUUUGAGUUUCGUGAGGACAUAAGACAGAUUUUGGGCCAAAAUCCUCCUGCAGUCUCCAGAUGAUAUUGAUGAUGCCAUUAAACCUUCAGAAAUAUGACUUGUUGCAAGCGUUGAUUAUUUUUUUCUUCUCUGUAUUCCAGUAACGUGAGUGAUGUUUGGCCAAAUCAGUCUCUGGGUUCAAGGUUUCUGUUUAAACACAAAUGUCACGCAUUCAGUCUGUAAAUGUAAAGCGUGUGCAGAAUAAACGGAAUCAUGUGACCUCUGUGUGCCAUCCAUGAUCAUGUGAUUGCUAUAAAGAUGAAGAUCAACUCUCAGACCGCUGAGCCACAGAAGCAUCCUCCUUGAAACGUUGUGAGGGAUUGUUUCGUCCCAGUUGAUCAUCCAGCAAAUAAAACUAAAGGAUUUUCCACCUCGAGACAAAA